UCUUGUAGUCUACCUUUCAAUGCCGAAAAAGAAACCAUUUAGUGGAAAACAAAAAAAGAAACAACUUCAGGAAAAAAAACAUAGAGGUGAAGGGUCAUUGACCCGAUCAGGAAACAAAGAAGCAUGGAAAUUACAAGAUCAAAUUGAGAAGUACGAUUCCGACUGUUCUUCUGGAGAUGGGAAUCCCCAUGCAUUUGAACCUGGACGGAAUAUUCACGGUAAAGCGACGAAAAGUACGAAUCCGAGAGACAGGUAUCGACUGAAUUUUCUUCGAGAAUCGAGGGAUGAAAUCGACAAGCGUAAAUUGCAAUCACAGACGGAAUUGCUCAUUCCGAUUCCACCGGAAAAAAUGGAAAUGAGUAUAGAAGAGGUUUAUCAACCUGGUUCGGAAUUGGACAUGCCUCAGCGGCCACAUUGGGAUUAUCUGGAUUCAAAGCAACUAUUGGAGCAACGCGAAGAAAAGUAUUUUUCAACAUAUCUUGACAAUCUCUACUCCAAGUUUAAAGACAAAAAUCUCAGUUAUUUCGAACACAAUUUGGAAACGUGGCGUCAACUUUGGCGUGUGAUUGAGAUGAGCGAUGUCAUAGCAAUGGUCGCUGAUGUAAGGCAUCCAGUGCUCCAUUUUUCUCCCGCAUUGUACAACUUCGCCAUACAUGUUGUCAAAAAACCUUUAAUACUGGUUUUAAAUAAAAUCGAUCUGGUUCCAGCUCCUGUUGUGAUUGCCUGGAAAAAAUAUUUUGAAAAUAAAUUUCCUGAGCUGCAUGUUAUAACUUUUACUUCGUUCCCAAAAAAUUUACGAGGAGACGCUGCGGAAAAGCGAGUUAGUAAAAAACGAGCUGUUGGAAAACGUGUUUAUACCACGCAAAUAGGUCCGCAAGAGCUGCUACAAGUUUGCAAGAAAAUUUGCGGAGAAAAAGUUAAUCUUGAGAGCUGGGAACAGAAAAUAUUGAAUGACCUUGAAGGUCUAAAUUGUGACCUUGAACCAGAGAUGAAUAUUGAAGAAGAACAUCAAUCUUCUGAACAAGGUCCUGAAAGUAAAGAGUUGUUUAAAAAUGGCAGACUUACUCUUGGGUUUGUGGGUCAUCCUAAUGUCGGAAAAUCAUCGCUUAUGAACGGCCUUAUUGGAAAGAAAGUUGUGAGUACUUCAGUAACGCCAGGACAUACAAAAUAUUUCCAAACGUACUUUUUAACUCGUGACGUAAUGCUAUGUGAUUGCCCUGGUCUUGUAUUUCCAUCACUUGUGCAAAAACAAAUGCAAAUUUUGAGUGGAAUUUACCCAAUUGCGCAAGUACAAGAACCUUAUACUCCUGUGGGGUAUUUAGCAUCAAGAAUUCCGAUUGUGAAGCUAUUAGGCAUCACCCACCCUAAUAAGGAAUCAGAAUGGACAGCUUGGGAUAUUUGUGAAGGAUGGGCGGAAAAACGAAGGUUUUAUACAUCAAAAGGGCGUCGUACAGAUGUGUAUCGUGCAGCGAAUAAUAUUCUAAGAAUGGCUGUUGAUGGAAGGUUAUGUUUGUUCAUGUUGCCCCCAGGAUAUGUCAAGGAAGAAAAAUCUUGGAUGGCUAAUUCUGAAACGUUGAAACUUUUGAGUCUGGUCUCAGAUCCUGGCAGUGUUGGCGAUAUAUUGAGUUUUCAUCAAAUGUUUUCUCACCCGGAAAUAGCCAGUUCUGAGCACGAUACUCAAGAUUCAAGCAGCGGCGAGGAGUCCGAAUCUUCUCAUGAACAUGGGGACGGUGGUAAAGGGUUCUCUGUGCAAAAUCAGUUUGCUUUACUAGGAGAAGACUGAUGUUUAAAUAAUUCCAUCAUAAUGGACUGAAAAUGACAUAUGUUACAAGUGUGUAUAGGGAAAGGGCUGCAUGACUUUUAGGGUGUAUUUAAUUCACUCAUUUCGUUUUGUUAUUUUUCACAUUGACUUGGCUAAACUAAAAAAAAAUUGUAUUACAAUAAUUUCUGUUACCAGCAUCAGUAGUUCCAUUCCGAAAGUUCAUUGUAGAAUUUAUAAUUUUUUCAUGUCUCAUAUGAAAUUGUUUGCAUGCUAUAGCGGUGUAUCAUGUUAUUACUGCCUCGCCACGGAUUUUCUUGUUCAUUUUCUUUAAUGUGAAGACAAAAAAAAUUAACGGCGUGGAAUUAGCAGGAUAGUACUAUCUUAUCAUAUUCAUUAAUAUUUCCUAGGUCAGGGAUGUGCAACCUGUGGCCCAGAAGUAAAAAUUGUGCGGACUGUGGAGAAGUGCCAAUUUUAAAUGGAGUGCAGCACUCGAAAUGAGUUUUUAAUUUAGUUUAAUCUUGUAAUUCCAGUUUCUUUGUGUUGCGAAACUUAUAACUGAGUCAAAUUUAAUCGAUUAUGCCUAUGAUGUUAUAAUUCCCUAACAGCUAGCUUGUGCGAAAGCAAACAACGUAUUUCAUAGGAUCAACAACCAAACUUUUUGUGCCUACAACUACUAGAAAGCCUAUGUUAAAUAAAGGUGCGGUUCACGGUUUCACCCAGUUAUUUGUAUCUGGCUCUUCUGUGUUAUUAAAGAUUGCACAUCCCCGUCCUAGAUUUAUACUUUUUUCUGUUGAUGUCAAAGGUAUUUGGCAGUUCAACAUGAAAAAUUGAUACUCUGUUAUUAAUUGGUAAUCAUCAAUAUUCGAUCAUUUUUAUCAUCGGUAUGUUUUAUUAAUUUCAG